UUUACGACAGUGUUUUACGACACUGCAUACAACUCCUCGUCAGCCUGCAUCAAGAUGGCCUCGUCGUUUUGGAAAGGUGUUGUCGGCGUCGGACUUUUUGCCUUAGCUCAUGCAGCUUUCUCAGCGGCACAACAUCGGUCAUACAUGCGACUCACAGAGAAGGAAAACGAGACACUACCAAUUGAUAUUGUACUACAGACCUUAUUAUCGUUUGUGAUGACCUGUUAUGGUAUUGUCCACAUUGCUGGAGAGUUCAAAGACAUGGACGCCUCCUCAGAGCUGAAAAACAAAACAUUUGAUACACUGAGGAACCACCCAUCCUUUUACCUUUUCAAUCACCGAGGUCGGGUGCUUUUCCGCUCGCCGGAGGAGGAGCCCUCCUCUGUUCGCAACCAGCAAGCUCUUCCCAACCCCAUACGGCUACGCAAGCUGGAGCAUUUGCACUGAGACUGGCCUUUCCUGCCUAUAACGUCAUCAAUGUCAGAUAAGAUUUGUUUUUGUUAGACAGAGGGGGGGAAAGUGAGAUUUCAUCAUCCUCUACUUUAAUUUGUAUUUGUACAUAAACUAAUAUGCUGUCCAAACAUGCAUCUCUGUCCAUAAAAGUGGUCACCAACAUAUUCAACAGUGACUGUGCCAACCCCUUCAAUUUUUCAGGCAGAUUUGUUUGUAUAUACAGUCUGUUACCGCUUUGGAGUCUUAAGAUUCAGAGACAUCUACCCUUUUUGUUCCCUUCUGAUCUAAAUUGGGACACCGCUGUCCUUUGUAUAUCCUUUGUAUGAGGGACAUACAACACGGUCUGUUACUGUUUCAUUUCAACCACACAAGUCUUCAGAAGCUGUCUGGGCAACAUUUUGUCAACUGAAAUUAGUUUUGUUGUAUGAACUGAGGACUCUUUAUUUCCAUGAUUUCCCGAUAGCAUAAAGGCUCAUCUGUACGUCAUGUAUGCAUUAAAGAGGUUGGAUAUGUCACAGGAAAUCAACCCAAGGUGAGAUGUGAGAACAGAAAACAUUAGACAGCCUUUCUAAUGAUACUGUGAACACUUAACGAGAAGGUAAUGGUACAUUUAUUUGGGGAUUUGAAGUUUGUUUUUCCUUCAUUUUAUGUUUUGUUAAGAUUUAACAGAUGUUUUUAAUUUAAUAAAAGACGUACUGAUUUUACAAG